AUGGCAAUCUCCCGCUACCGCCGUUGUGGGCCUGUUUCACAGUACGAAAACCAGAAAGCCGAAGACUGGCAAUCCUCCAAUACGGACCAGUGGCUCAGUACUUGGGUGGAUGGCCAUUCUGAAGAUGUCUCCAGCAACCCUUAUGGUUUUGCCGGCGCUUUCGGAAAAUGGGCCAUAGGUAACCCCGACUGGUCCUGCCGUGACGACGGCUCAGCAAGCUCAUGCGACCUGGACCUCUGCGACAACCGCGUGCUUAACGAGCGCGGCGAUGAUAUUCGUCCGACGUACUAUGUGCUCGAGAGUAUCAACAGACUGCACUCAUAUUUCAAUGGGAUAAGCCAAGCUUUCCAAGUCAGUGCGAUCGCCUCAUCGCUAAGGAAGGAAUCUUGGUCUAAAACGUUUUACCAACCGAAGGACGACAGCAAAUCCAUCGACGCCUUGAAAACAGUUCUCAAUGGGCUUACAACGGUUGUUGGCAUCGGUGCUGCUUUCGCGGAUGAUACAUUCGACAAAGAUGCUGAGCUUGGUAGCGUCCUCGCCAAUGUCGUUGUGGAGUCAAUGAAAGACUUCACCCACGCGAAUAAUGAGCUUGUUGCAGGCAAAGAUUACGCUAGUACCGGCGAUAUCAAGACCUACCUUUCCGGCGGCACUUUUGUGGACUUUCCCGGUGUCGACAAAAACGCUGUCAUCGACGUGAUGAACGCUUUCCUUCUUGGACAUGCUAUCAACCAGCUCUGGCGCCAACAAAAAGUCUUCAUCUUGGGCGGUGGGAAGUGUGGUGACGGCGAGGGUAUCGGCAGUGGCCCUCAGGACUACAGCAUUUGCCGCGACGGCAAGGCGUGGUAUCUGUACUACUGGCACGAAGGCAAGAAGCCUGUUCUUACAAGCAAGCAGUGGGGCUAUGUCACAAUGCCACCGGGAGCAGACAAGCUUGGCUCUGAUGACUUCACAGGAAUAACCAUCAGUGAUAUUAUCAGCUCCUCUGUCGAUGCAUACAACGUCGCAGAAUACAACUAUGACUCCGAAAAAGCCGCAGAGCGUGUCAAUGAAGCCCUCCGAGAUGGCUGGCGCAACCCAGGCAAACAAGGUCCUUCAUGGGAAGGAACUUUCACGAUCCCAGUUUGCGAUGUUGGUAGCGCGGUGGGCCAAGAUUGGAAAUGGAAGGAGUUUAUCCUUGAAGAGUAUGACGAGGAUGCUAGGCCCGUAUGGUGUGGACCAAUUUGCAGCAAUGACUGGGAGAAGACGAAGAGGUUUAUCAACGCGGCAAACAUGGACGGCUUUGAAAGCCCGAAGCAUCUUUGUGUUGAUGAAGGAGUUGACAUUUAUUACUGA